UCACAUUUGUAUUGGAUUUGCUUGCUUCAUACAUGGAAUUAGUGGAAUUUCGAAUUUGAGAAUCAAUAGUCAGUUGUGGGUACUACCCGGUUUUCAUGCUCAAUAAAUCUUUGAAUACGAAGCAGAAAUCAUGAAGACUGCGUUAAUGGUGGCUGAAAAGCCAUCGUUAGCACAGAAUGUGGCUAAUAUACUCAGCAAUGGCAAAUGCAGUACGACAAAAGCAUCGAACAACGCUUGUAACAUACACGAAUGGCACGGAACGUUUAAAAAUGAGCAAGUUCGGUUCAAAAUGACUUCCGUAUGUGGUCACGUUAUGAGUCUGGAUUUCACCGGCAAAUAUAAUAAUUGGGAUAAAGUGGACCCGGUCGAGUUGUUUAGUUGCCCGACAGAGAAAAAAGAAGCAAUGCCUAGACUUAGAAUACCAGCAUUGUUGGCCCAGGAAUCUAAAUCCUGUGACUACCUGAUUUUGUGGCUGGAUUGUGAUAAAGAAGGAGAAAAUAUUUGUUUCGAAGUAAUGAGUUGUGUCCAGGCUUACUUGAAGGGGGAUGUUUGUUCACCUCUAGUGACAUACCGUGCAAAGUUCUCAGCCAUCACAGACAAAGACAUCAAAGCAGCCAUGUUAAACCUUGGCAGGCCUAAUGAGAAUGAGUCCCGGAGCGUUGACGCAAGACAAGAACUAGAUUUACGCAUCGGUUGUGCAUUCACAAGAUUCCAGACUAAAUAUUUUCAAGGAAGAUAUGGUGACUUAGAUGCAUCACUUAUAUCAUAUGGUCCAUGUCAAACUCCAACAUUGGGUUUUUGUGUACAACGGCAUGAUGAAAUCCAGACUUUUAAACCGGAAACAUAUUGGGUGUUACGCGUCACUGCUAGUACUUCGGAGGGCAGGGAGUUACCAUUGGAAUGGAAAAGGGUUCGGAGUUUUGAGAAAGAUAUAGCCAAUAUGUUCCUUGCUGGUAUCAAGGAAAUAAAGGAAGCUGUUGUGGUGAACAUUCAGGCUAAGGAAAAAGUAAAACCUCGUCCUGUGGCCCUCAAUACAGUGGAACUGAUGCGAGUGGCCAGUGCAGGACUCGGUAUGGGGCCCCAUCAUGCUAUGCAGAUUGCAGAACGACUAUACACACAGGGUUACAUUUCGUAUCCCCGUACUGAAACCACCAGCUAUCCAGAGAACUAUGAUUUAAUGGGUACACUUCGUCAGCAACAGAAUUCGAACAAGUGGGGGGCCGAAGUGAGGGCCAUUAUUGCUAAUGGUAUCAAUAGGCCGAAAAAAGGUCACGAUGCUGGCGACCACCCUCCCAUCACACCUAUGAGGCCGGCUGUGGAGUCAGACUUAGAAGGUGACGCGUGGCGUAUCUACGACUAUGUAACUCGUCACUUCAUAGCCACGUUGUCCCGCGACUGCAAGUACUUGUCCACUGUCAUCACCUUCCAGAUUGGAUCGGAGACGUUCAAGUACACUGGAAACACACUCGUUGAUGCUGGGUACACUGAGAUUAUGCAUUGGCAGGCAUUCGGUAAAGAUGAGUUUGUACCGUUACUGAAUGUGGAUGAUGUACUGCGAGCCCACGAUCAUAGAUUGGUGGAGUGCCAAACGUCACCUCCGGACUAUCUCACUGAAUCUGAGGUAAUCACGCUUAUGGAGAAGCAUGGUAUUGGUACUGACGCGUCAAUCCCCGUGCAUAUAAACAAUAUUUGUCAACGCAACUACGUCACCGUCGGCAGCGGACGGAAACUUAUACCCACUAACUUGGGUAUUGUGCUCGUACACGGAUAUCAGAAAAUCGACCCUGAACUUGUUCUACCAACGAUGCGAUCGGCUUUGGAAGAGCAAUUGAAUCUCAUAGCAGUCGGUCGUGCAGAUUUCCACGCAGUACUAAAUCAUACUACGGAAAUAUUCCGUAGAAAGUUCCAGUACUUUGUGAGGUCUAUUGAGGCCAUGGAUCAGUUGUUUGAGGUCAACUUCUCGUCGCUCAAGACUAGUGGUAAGGCGUUGUCGAGAUGCGGCAAAUGUAGGCGGUACAUGAGAUAUAUUCAGGCAAAACCAGCCCGUCUCCAUUGUUCUCACUGCGACGACACGUACGGCUUGCCUCAGAAUGGUACAGUCCGUAUCUAUCGGGAACUCAAGUGUCCUCUCGAUGACUUCGAGCUACUCUCUUGGUCUACAGGCAACAAGGGCAAGAGCUUCCCUCUCUGCCCGUACUGCUACAACCAUCCACCGUUCAGGGACAUGAAGAAAGGUUUCGGUUGUAAUUCGUGCACGCACCCGACAUGUCCUUACGGCGUCAACUCCACGGGAGUGUCUGGCUGUGUCGAGUGCGAGUCUGGAGUCCUAGUACUGGACCCCUCGGCGCCCAAGUGGAAACUAGCUUGUAACCGUUGCGACGUGAUAAUAAACGUGUUCGAGGACGCGACGCGCGUGUCGGUGUGCGAGCAGGCGUGCGCGGCGUGCGGCGCGCAGCAGGUGGCGGUGGAGUACCGCGCCGAGCGCACGCGCCUGCCCGCCGCCAUCACCGAGAUGACGGCCUGUCUCUACUGCGAGCCCACCUUCAGCGCACUCGUGGAGAAACAUCGCGCCGUAGCGUCUCGCGCUCCCGUGUCUCGUGGGCGAGGCGGACGAGCGCGCGGGAACAAACACCGCAACAAACAACCCAAGGACAAAAUGGCGCAGCUUGCUGCAUACUUCGUGUGAAUUACUAGUAAUUAAUAAUUCAUCUUUACUUUAUUAACUUUCAUACUCCAAUGAAAACUAACAUUUUGUCCUGACUAGAUGGCGCUAAUGUAGACUUUGGUCUUGUUCAAACUAUAAAAAGUGUUCCCUUAUUUUCGAUUGUACGGUACAUUUUUGACGACUAAGGGAAUAAGAAUUCAUGCUACAUUAACGUCACUUUAGUGAGAACAAAGAACAUUAGCUCUCAUUUCUAUUAACUAAAUACGUGAUCGUAUGACACUUCACAUUUCGAACUUCUAACGUCUCUCUGAUACAACAUUUUGAUACAUUAUGUAUGGAGCUUAAAAUUCAAUCCAAAUCUACUGAAUAUCAUCAGUUGUUCCUUUAAAUCGCGCUCAAUCUUACAAAGGUAUCAUUGAGUAACCGCUCCGUUGUUACCUUCCUCGAAAGGUGAGAUUUAUCGUUUAAACAUCUACGAUGAUCGAAUAAGCAAAAAGGUAAAGAGAAAAAAAGGAUUUGCAUACUAUGUUGUAACUAGAAGAAAAAGUUAUUAACUAUAUCUAUGGUAUGGUAAGUCACUAUUUCUAUAAUGUUACUGAUGUUCGAUAGAGUUUCAUAGUGAUUCUCUUUUGAUUAUAAUUUGAGUUCAUUUUCCUUUGUCACAUUUAUACAUUUUUUGUAUUAUAACUCGAGAAACAUUAAAAUAAUUAUGCCCUACGGCUUGCUCGUGUUUGCGAUGUAACUCGAUUUUAGUUGCGCAAUGUUGCUCAUAACAACUAUGAGCCCCUAGCGCGGUUUGAAACUAGUCGAGUUCCCUCGUCAAACAGUUACGUGAGAAAACUGUAGAACGUAAUGAAUUUAUACUUUUGAUGUAAAAUAACUGACUUAUACUUACAUAAUAAUGUAUUAUUAUUAUACUAUAGUUUUAACUUUAGUAUUAAAAAUAGGCAACUAAUAUAUGUAUGUAGAGCAAAUCUCUCUCUAUUACAUUAGUUUUGUAUAAAUAUGGAAUAGAAAUGUGUUUUGAAGUAGAUUAUGUACCUUUGGUAUAGUAUAUCUACGUUAAGUACGAUUAUAAUUAUGUUACCUACGAAAUUGCUGUUAAUUUUUAUAGGUACUUACAUUUUAGGAAGACAUUGGAAAGGACAUUACUACCAACCUACCUAUUUUUGAACACAGGCUUGAAUCAUCAUGUCAAACUUCAAUUAUAAUAUCCGUUUAUAUUUAAUUUUUUAAGAAAUUUUGUGAGUAUGCUAGUUGACAUAAAUAAUUCGCAAACCUUGUGUUAAAUGCGAUACCUUCUACGAAAUUCAAAAGUAAUGAAUUUUAUUGUUUCACAUAAAUAUUAUAUUUUAAUAACUCCUUUAAUAAAACAACAUGAAUAUGUUUUAGAACAUAGCCUAAGCGUGUUUUUUGUUUAUAUUUAUUUGUAACAUAACAUAAGUUAAUAAAUAUAUCAGUUU